AUGCGCCUCGGAUGUUUGUCGCUCCUGGGGGUACUAGUAGUUGCUCAGAGCAACUCCGUCUUUGCCCAAGGAGAGACAAAGAUUCAUGAGGAGGGUCGCUGUGCGAUUCGUGGCCACUGCGGGAAGAAGUCGUUCUUCGGUGGAGAGUUACCUUGCCCCGAUAAUGGACUUGCGAAAGCGCCGGCGGCGGAAACCCGGAGGAAACUGGUAGCGCUGUGUGGAGAUAAAUGGAAAACUGGAAAUGUUUGUUGCGAGGACACUCAGAUUGAUGCUUUAUCCUCGAAUCUGAAGAUGGCCGAAGGUAUAAUUGCGUCAUGUCCGGCAUGCAAAGAGAACUUUUUCAACCUCUUUUGCUCCUUCACCUGCUCCCCGGACCAGUCUCUGUUUAUUAACGUUACACAAACCGACAAGGUCAAAGGGAAGAAAGUGGUGACUGAGCUGGAUAACUUGUGGUCGGAGGUGUACCAGGUUGGAUUCUAUGGCAGCUGCAAGGAUGUGAAAAACGGUGCUUCGGGCGGCAAGGCGAUGGACUUCAUCGGCGGGGGUGCAAAGAAUUAUUCCCGAUUCUUGAAAUUUUUGGGCGACAAGAAGCUGUUGGGUAGCCCCUUUCAAAUCAAUUUUGUCACAGAACCAAACGGACCUGGGGAUGUGGGCAUGCGACCUUUACCGGAGAUUCCAAAAUCCUGCAGUGAUUCAGACCAGAAGUAUCGGUGUUCAUGUGUCGACUGCCCGGCUGUUUGUCCCCGACUACCAGCGUUAGAAGAGGAGAGCUAUUGCCACGUUGGGCAUCUCCCGUGUUUAUCAUUCUCCGUCAUAAUCAUAUAUUCGGUCUUUUUGUUGCUCUUGGUCGCUGGUACUCUUGGCCACUUUGUCUUUCAGAGACGUCAACAACGGAAACUGGAACGGGCUCGACUCCUACAGGAUACAAGCCCAAGCGACGAUGAAGAUGAAGGCGAUCUUAUCGACGAUGCCGGUAUACUCGAUCGUCCCCAAACAAGCUACAAGUUAAAUUCCGUGUUCGAUGCGAUAUUUAAUCGUCUCGGUGGUGCUUGUGCUCGUUUCCCGGCGUUAACCAUAACGACAAGUAUAAUAUUUUGUGGCGUGCUAAGCCUGGGUUGGCUACGUUUCGCCGUCGAAACAGACCCUGUCAGACUCUGGGUUAGCCCAAGCUCAGCUGCUGCACAGGAGAAAGCAUUUUUCGACGAGAACUUCGGGCCUUUCUAUAGAGCAGAACAAGCGUUCCUCGUCAACGACACCCAUCCAAACGGACCGGGUCCUGUUUUAAGUUAUGAAACACUCAGUUGGUGGUUCGACGUGGAGAGUCGAGUUCGUCGCAUGAUUUCGCUGGACAAAGGGCUUUCUUUGGACGAUAUUUGUUUUAACCCGACGGGAAAGGCUUGCGUUGUCCAAUCAUUAACAGGAUAUUUCGGAGGUUCUUUCUCCAAUGUCGACCCUAACACUUGGGAAGAUCACUUGAGGCAUUGUACCGAGUCCCCCGGUGCUGUAGACUGCCUUCCCGACUUCCAGCAGCCCCUAAAACCAGAAAUGAUUCUAGGUGGUUACGGGCGGCCUGGAAAUGUAUUGAAUGCAUCCGCACUAGUCGUCACAUGGGUGGUUAACAACCAUGCCCCUGGCUCCAAAGCGGAGGCUGGCGCAAUUGAUUGGGAAGAUAGCUUAAAAAGAGUGCUCGAAGUGGUUCAAGAAGAGGCAACUGAACACGGCCUACGCGUUUCUUUUAACACCGAAAUUAGCCUUGAACAAGAGUUGAAUAAGUCUACGAACACGGAUGCGAAAAUCGUGGUUAUUAGCUACAUAAUUAUGUUCAUCUACGCUUCGUUAGCCCUUGGCUCUACAACUUUGACGUGGAAAAGCAUCAUCAGAAAUCCGGCCAAUAGUCUCGUGCAGUCGAAGUUUACUCUCGGUAUCGUCGGUAUCUUGAUCGUUCUGAUGUCUGUGUCAGCUUCAGUCGGGCUCUUCUCAGCAGCCAGGAUCAAAGUGACGUUAAUUAUCGCCGAGGUGAUCCCAUUCCUAGUUCUAGCAAUCGGCGUUGAUAACAUUUUCCUUAUCGUUCACGAAUUUGAGCGAGUAAACGGAAGCCACCCAGACGAGGAAAUCGAUGAGCGCAUCGCUCGAGCGUUGGGAAGAAUGGGACCUAGUAUUCUCCUCUCUGCAACCACAGAAACCAUUGCUUUUGCGAUGGGUGCGUUUGUAGGGAUGCCUGCUGUCAAGAAUUUCGCAGCCUAUGCUGCCGGUGCGGUCUUUAUCAAUGCCCUAUUGCAAGUAACGAUGUUUGUAUCCGUGCUGGCAUUGAACCAGAGACGUGUUGAGAGCCUACGUGCAGAUUGUUUGCCUUGCCUUACUGUCCGAAAAGCAAAUUCGUCUUCUAUCCCUGGCGGUCAGCCGUAUGACCACGCGGAGGAAGGAGCUCUGCAACGAUUUAUUCGAAAGAUUUAUGCUACUCGUCUUCUUCAGAAGCAGACUAAAGUUUUAGUUAUGGUUGUUUUCCUCGGAAUAUUCACAGCCGGCCUUGCGCUCCUACCAACUGUAGCUCUUGGGCUGGACCAACGUAUCGCCAUCCCCAAUGAUUCAUACCUGAUUGAUUUCUUUAAUGAUCUGUAUGAUUACUUUGGAACUGGGCCCCCUGUUUACUUCGUAACGCGAGAUGUGAAUGUUACCGCCAGACACCAUCAGAAACAACUUUGUGGAAGAUUUUCAACAUGUGACGGGUUUUCACUGGGCUUUGUUCUUGAACAGGAAUCAAAGCGUCCCAAUGUUUCUUAUAUCUCUGGAUCGGCCGCCAGUUGGGUCGAUGACUUCUUCUACUGGCUGAACCCUCACCAAGACUGCUGCAAAGAGGACGGAAAAAUUUGCUUCGAGGGUAGAGAUCCGCCAUGGAAUAUUUCGUUACAUGGCAUGCCAGAAGGGUCUGAGUUCAUUCAUUACGCGGAGAAAUGGCUAAAGUCACCUACGGACGAGUCAUGCCCUCUAGGUGGUUUAGCUCCCUAUAGCAAUGCCUUAGUUCUCGACUCAAAGCAUGUUACGACUAAUGCAAGCCAUUUCCGCACGAGUCACACACCACUACGCAGCCAAAAGGACUUCAUCAAGGCCUAUGAAUCCGCUCGUCGUAUUGCGGACGACAUCUCACAAAAGCACGAUAUCGAUGUCUUCCCUUACUCCAAAUUCUACAUAUUUUUCGACCAGUACGCUUCUAUUGUCCGCCUCACUGGAACCUUGCUUGGAUCCGCAACCGCGAUAAUCUUUGUUGUCACUUCAGUCCUCUUAGGCUCUAUAGCUACAGGAGCAGUGGUUACUGCCACAGUGAUUAUGACUGUUGUUGAUAUUAUCGGAGCUAUGGCUAUUGCUAAUGUCUCGUUAAAUGCUGUCUCGCUAGUUAACUUGAUUAUCUGCGUCGGUAUCGGGUUCGAAUUCUGUGCACAUGUUGCACGCGCUUUCAUGUUCCCUUCCAGCCCACUAUUGGAGCAAGCUCGAGAUAAAUUCCGAUAUCGUACUGCUCGCGCGUGGGUGGCAUUAGUCAAUGUUGGCAGCAGUGUCUUCACCGGUAUCACGGUUACCAAACUUCUAGGUGUCUGUGUACUCGCAUUCACAAGGAGCAAGAUAUUCGAGAUCUACUAUUUCCGGAUAUGGCUGGCACUGGUAAUAUUCGCUGCGUCUCAUGCGCUGAUAUUCUUGCCAGUUGCUUUGAGCUUCUUUGGUGGUGACGGAUAUUGUGACCCUCAGACAGACGGCGGUCUGGAAGGGGACCUUGCUGCCCGAAGAUAUCGCUCCCUGCUACCCGAUGACUAUGAUUCGGAGGACGACUCUUGA